AUGUUAGUAAUAAAUGGUAAGGCACCGGUCGUGGCCUACUCAGAGAUAAUUGCUGCCCGCAUUGUCAAUGGUGUAAACGCUGGUGCGAUCAAGAUUGAAUUUGUAGAUGAUAAAAAAGCUUCUCCAGCUGUAUUCAAUGAUGAUUCCAGUGAGGUAUUUAAUAAGAUAAUCAAGGACUUCCCAGAUGCUUUCUCUCAAGGCUUCAAUGAAGAAGUGAGCAACUGGAUCAAAAUUUCCCGCGAAGAUUUAGUCAUCAAGAACUUUCAAAAGCUGGCUCAAUCGCUGGAGAAACUAGAUACUGCGCUGAACUUGAAGACUUUCGUGUUAGGUGGAUUGGAUUACUCACCUGCUGAUAUCGCCUGCUGGGGUGCUUUGAGAUCCAAUGGAAUGGUGGGAUCAAUUAUUAAAAACAAGGUGUACGUUAACGUUUCACGUUGGUAUACAUUACUUGAGCUUGACCCAGCUUUUGGAGGUGCUCACGAAUUCUUAUCCAAGUCAUUGCAAGAUUUAAAAAAGGCUUCCAAUGUAGGUAAAAAAAAAGAGGGACACAAGGCUAAUUUUGAAAUUGAUUUGCAAGAUGCCAAAGUAGGGGAAGUUGUUACUCGUUUCCCUCCUGAGCCUUCUGGAUAUCUACAUAUUGGUCAUGCAAAAGCGGCUUUGCUUAAUCAGUACUUUGCUCAAGAAUACAAGGGUAAACUUAUUGUUAGGUUCGAUGAUACCAAUCCUUCAAAGGAGAAAGAAGAAUUUCAAGAUUCUAUCUUGGAAGAUUUAGACCUGUUAGGUAUUAAAGGUGAUAAAAUCACUUACUCAUCUGAUUAUUUCCAAGAAAUGUAUGAUCUGUGUAUUCAGAUGAUUAAAGAAGGGAAGGCAUACUGUGACGAUACACCAACUGAGAAAAUGAGGGAAGAACGUAUGGAUGGUAUUGCAUCCGCUAGAAGAGACCGUUCAGUUGAAGAGAAUUUAAAACUCUUCACUCAAGAAAUGAAAAAUGGUACUGAGGAAGGAUUGAAAAACUGUGUUCGUGCUAAGAUCGACUAUAAAGCUUUGAACAAAACUCUGAGAGAUCCUGUUAUUUAUAGAUGUAAUUUAACCCCUCACCAUAGAACGGGGACUGAGUGGAAAGUUUACCCAACUUAUGAUUUCUGUGUCCCUAUUGUUGAUGCUUUAGAAGGCGUGACACAUGCUUUACGUACUAUUGAGUACAGAGACCGUAACGCUCAAUACGACUGGAUGCUCAAUGCUUUAAAUUUGAGAAAAGUUCAUAUCUGGGAUUUUGCUCGUGUAAACUUCGUUAGAACUCUGCUGUCCAAGAGAAAGCUACAAUGGAUGGUUGACAAGAAUCUUGUCUCCAACUGGGAUGAUCCAAGAUUCCCAACGGUUAGAGGUGUAAGAAGAAGAGGUAUGACAGUGGAAGGUUUAAAGAACUUUGUUUUGUCUCAGGGCCCCUCCAGAAAUGUCAUUAAUUUGGAAUGGAAUUUGAUCUGGGCUUUCAAUAAGAAAGUGAUUGAUCCUAUCGCUCCAAGAUUGACUGCUGUUGUUAACCCAGUAAAGAUUCAUUUGGAAGGCGAUGAUGUUCCUAAAUUUCCUAAGACUGAAUUGAAACCCAAACACAAGAAGAAUCCAGACGUUGGUACAAAAAAGGUCAUCUACUCAAGCGAUAUUGUCAUUGACAAGGAUGAUGCCGACGUUCUUGAAGUAAAUGAGGAGGUCACACUGAUGGACUGGGGAAACGUCAUCAUCACAAAGAAAAACCCAGAUGGCUCAAUGGUUGCGAAAUUACACUUAGAGGGUGAUUUCAAAAAGACCAAGUAUAAGUUAACAUGGUUGGCUGAUACAGCAGAUUCUGUUAAGGUUGAUUUGGUUGACUUUGACCACUUAAUCAAUAAAGACAAGUUGGAAGAUGAUGAUAGCUUUGAAGAUUUCCUUACUGAACAAACAGAGUUUCAUACUGAUUCCAUUGCUGAUUUGAACGUUAAAGACUUGAAGGUCGGUGACAUCAUUCAGUUUGAAAGGAAGGGCUAUUACAGGCUAGAUGCUUUGCCAAAAGACGGUAAGCCAUAUGUAUUCUUCACAAUUCCAGAUGGUAAAGCAGUAAAUAAGUAUGGUGCUAAGAAAUGA